GUAUCAACUAUACAAAUAUCAGCCAUGAAACCAGUUCUAUACAGAAUCGAGACAUACGUUGUGCCCGAGACAGAGAACUUAUCAGUGAUUAAUAAGAUCGACAAUCUCAUGCUCGCAAAUAUUAAGAAUGAAAGCAUAUUUGAGAACAAUAAUAACGAGAAAGAUCCAGCGCUUACUUCGCAUAAUAAAUACGAGGAACUCGUGAAGUUCUCCGCCGAGAACAGCAAGUUAAUCGGUGUAAAAAUCGUGAAAGGCACAAGUGAGAAUGAAACUACACGUGACGAACGUCUCGACGAUGAUAUCAUUAAAUACUACAAUGACGAGAAUUUCUGUUGUUUUAACGAGCGCAUGCAGAAACCGGAGUUUCAGGCGUCGAUCGGGCCACAAGAGGCAUUGUAUCCCGUGAAGCAUUUCAGUAGGAUUAACAGUCUGGUAUCGAUCGACGAAAGGAGUGAGAAUUCCUUGGAUACCAAGCUGAACGACUUCUGCCGUCACGGCUAUAAGAACGGUUGCACCGCGUCGAUUCAGUCACCCGAAGAAGUCAGCGAAGAGGUCUUCCAAGAGAACUGGCUGCACAAGAUUGAGAUCCUGAGGCACCGCGAGACUAUCUUGCGGGAACGGGAGACAAACCUGCAGAAGAGGGAACGAGAACUAUUCAGGAAGGAGAAGGAGCUGAGGAUCAUGGAGAGGAUGUACAAUGAUAAAAUGAGGCAGAUAGAUCUCAUGAACGAGCAGCUCCAGCACCAAAAAGAUACGCUAGUCGUUAAAAAGAGGUUGGAUGAAGUGGCACGAAUCUUAUCUGACGACGUCGAGAAAUCGGAUAAUCUCGCGGAGGAAAAAAUUCUGAGGAAGGAAGACAUUUCAAAUAAAAUGGAGAUUCCAAAAAAAGAAGAGAUUCCAAGACAAGUGGAGAUUCCGAGGAAAGAAGAAAUUUUGAAGAAAACGGAAUUGCAAAAAAAAGAAGAGAUUCUGAGAAAAACAGAAAUUCCGAAGAAAACGGAAAUGCCAAAAAAAGAAGAGAUUUUGAAAAGAACAGAAAUUUCAAGACAAGAAGAGAUUACGAGAAAAGCAGAGAAAAAUCCUGUCAAUCCGCCUAUUGUCAAUCCGUCUAUUAUAAAUUCACACCAGAGAAAGGAAUAUAAUAAUAAAAAACUAGCUCGUCCGACGCGUUUGAGUUCCUCGUCGAGAAAAUCUUUUUCAAAGUACCCUCAUUUGUACGCUACCGUAAGAUGUAGAGAACGACCAAAGAAAAUUUACGACGAUCUGAGCUCGACGUUGUCAGCCACCAGCGUAGAUUCGCCUAAUACGCGGACAUCGAUACUAUUCAAUCCGGCACAAUACCAAAACCCAUUUGCGUUUACAAGAUCGGCGAGCGAACGGUGGCCCAAGCACGUGGACGCCUCGAAAAUGCUGCAGAAAGUGGUCGAGGAAAAACCUGAACACGUAGACGACGUGGGAAAGCUGCAGAGAGUGAUCGAGGAGAGACCGGAGCACAUGAUCGAAGAAGAGAAAAUAUUUCGGAAAGUCAGCGACAAUAUAUGCGCUUUACAAAAGAAGGAGACGAGGUUUCAAGACUACGGACUCGUGGAUUGUAUUCCAAGUGGUAUUUCAAGUACGAUUACGCAACGUAAUUCUAAUGAGAGAUUAUCGUCGUAUCUUGAUCUGGAAGUUGGCGAGAAACACAGCUAUCGAAAUAUAGCCAGCGUUUCCAAGGACCGGCCGGUUUCAUGGGCUAGCAAGACAAGCGAGUGGCAGCAGAAUAAGUCUCAGGAUUGUGAUUUGGCUACGAAACAGCCGGUUGAAAACAAGGAAAAUUCGCGUUAUACCGCAAAGAAAAUUGAAACAAAAAAUACCAAGCUGAAUGCCAAGUCAACUGUUAAGCCGAAUGUCAUACCAACUGUCAACUCAAAAACUAAGCUAUUUUCCAAGUCGAAAAAAUUCUUCCUAUUUCGUUAGCACGUUCCCUUAAAAUGAUAUUUUUACACUUUUUAGAUAAUUUUUUACAGAAAGAAUUUUCUCUUAGAUAGAAUUUAUCUUUGAAGUCAUGGAACAACAUGGACUUCGAAAAAUUUAAUAUAAUUUUAAUAAAAUUUUAUUAAAUUUGCUAUAAUUUAUUAUAAUUUCACUAUAUUAUUUAUUAUUAUAAUUAUACAAAAAUUAUAAUACAUUUUACUAAAUUACAAUAAAUUUGACUAACAUUAUGAUAAAAUUCUUUAGAAUUCAUGUCCUAUAAUUGUUAUAAUUUUGAGGGUAAAUUCUGUGGGAAAAUUCUCUUUGUGUAUCAUUCAAAUAUCUGGGGAUAUUUUGAAAAUAUCUUGCAGAAUUUUAAUCUCUCUUAUUGAUGAAUAUUUUAGAUAUUUUUUAAGAUGUUCUUCAUAUGUUUAUAUUUAGAUAGUAAAGUGUUUGUAUUGUUGUUGGCAUAUUAUUUGCAUAAUAUAUGUAUUGUACUAGAAUUGCAGCAACUAUCCGUAAUAUCCGUAUGUUGGCAAAUUGAUGCCAUCAGGAUAUGACAACUUUGGAUAGAAACUUGCCGGUAACUUUAAAAUCAUUAUAAUCAAAACUUACUGUUGCUGUUAUAUUGCCAUAAUAAUUUAUAGGAUCACAUAACAUUGUAUUAUAUUGUCGAUAACGUAAAGUAAAUUUCAUGGCUAUUUUGCUGUCAAAUUACGGACAAUAUAGGGGAGACCGGGGCUAUUCGUUAGACCUUUUCUUCUUUUGUGUCUCCUGAGUUCUAUAUUCGUUAAAAAAAAGAAAACAUAGGACAGUUUGAAAGGUUGAACUUCCUCUUCACAAUGCCGGUAUAGAUAGAACAUGAAAGUGUAACUUACUGUAAACUACAUAUAAAAAUGUCGCUCAAUAUCAAGAAUUACGAAUAACCUCAAACCCGGGAUAAUUCGUAACUAGUGCGGGAAUAUCCCGAAAUUUGUUUUAAGUUGAAAGACUAUAAAAAAAACUGUUGUUAAGACUUUCUUUUAUUUAAAAAAGGAUAUAGGUAUUAAAAAAAAAAAACA